AUGGAUUCACAGAAUCUGCUCGAGCAGCUAUUUCCAUCUCCUAGAGCUCCUAGAGCCCCGUUGGCACCAAGCCCGUGGCCUGGAGUAACCGCCGAGUCUACGCAAACUCUUGCCGAGUUGCUGAGAGCUAAUCACAUCAAGUAUCACUGCUUCUUCAACGACAGUAAUUUUCACAACCACCUCGUUCAUCAUUUGUUGGCAGCAUUUGCUCUCGGAUGCACUCCUACGCUCCUCAAUGCAGCCUACAAGCUCCAUGCCGACUAUCAACGCGCGCUAAAGCCCAGUCCGAGCGACAUCACAGAGGAGAAUUGGACAAAGCACCUCGCCCAACCACAGUACUAUCCCGGGUAUCUUUCAUUCUUCCAAAAUCAGAUACUACAACGUGGAAUGGCAGAAGUUCUGGAAGCCUAUGUCUUCUCCCCGGCAGCAAAUAAGCCAGGUGUAGACAUGUUCGCUCGUUUCUUCUCUGGGCUUGUCCAUCCUUUAAUCCACUUUGGGCAUGGCCCAGAGUUUGGUCUUCCAGGAAUCGCAGCAGAAGGACUGGCCAUGACCGCCGUAAGCAAAAACAUUGCCGGUGGACUAUUCCCUCCUUUGUUCUUUGAGCAAGAGGUCCCACCGGGACCGGGCCCUCAUGCACUCAGUAUUGCAGCGCGUCUGAUUGCCGACCCCGAGCUUGCAUACGGCAAAGGAGCUGAUCCGAAAUCCCAAGCUCGCUUUCAAGACGCAAUAAAACGCUCGGGGGAUCGUCUUAGAGAGUAUUACGCCGCAUGGAGCCCCGAGGGCCCGUUCACCGAAAAGUACGAAGAACUUGUCUGGCUUGUAUGCGCAAUCUAUGGCUUCUCGGGAUGGAAGAAGGGCAAAGUAUUCCAAGCCAACUUCUUCAUGCUGCAUCUCGUCACUUCAAGCUUGUUCGUAUCGUCCAUCCACGAUCUCUUGACGCCGCGGUCGCAGAAGCUCUUCCUGCGCGGAUUCCUCGCCACCUCGUUGACAUACUAUGUCGGUCACGGUCGCAUUUCGUGGGACAUUGCAGAAUUCUUUGCGGAGCCACUUUCAUCCUAUCCAAUGCCCCCACAGCCAGAUCCCUCACCAGCAAGCUCGACACUCGACCGAUCGCAUAUCAACCAAAACCCAUGGUUUGCCAUCUUGCAAUCGGCACUCAGUCACCCAGACGAGCAUCUAAUCAAAAUCCAACGAAGUCUUGCUCAUUACGCGGCACGAUGGGGUCAAUGUCCCAAAGGUCAUUUGAAGGAGACAGAACUGAAAGGGGCAGAGAACAUUGACGGCUCGCUCUUUCUUCGCCUUGCCAUUCUCACUGGCAAAGCGAAGGCAUGGGUUCGCGAGGGCGAGCCAUCUUAUGAUGCAGAAUGGAAUAGGAGCUACUUGUAA